AUGUUUUAGUUUAUUAAAUAAAAUAAAUGUACGAAAUCGUUAUUGGCGUUCCAAAUUAUUUAAAAUUUGAUGGUGGAGAAGUAUUGGGUUCCUAUCAAUUUUGUCAGAUCUUCUCAAAAAUAGACAUUAAAUUCAAUCUAUCUCAUGUAAUUAAUUGAACUUAAAAAGUUGGAAAUGGAUAAUACGUAAAUAUUAUUAAUUAGAAUAUAGGUUUCUGGUUAAUCAAGUAUUAAGUUUAAAAAUAAUCCUGGCUGUAUUAGAUCUAAUUCAUCAUCAUAAUGAUGGAGGAAUUUAUGAUAAUAAUGUAUAUAGUAUAAAUAAAUUAAUCUUAAGGAAGACAUCAUCAUCAUUUUUAAAGAAAUUGAGAUAAUGA